CGCCGCCCGCGUGGCAGCCGGGGCAGCGCCUGCUGCUGCCGACGCUGCGCCGGGGCCUGCGGCCGCGCCCUCCGUGGCGGAGGGCGCGAGCGGCGAUCAUCGAGGGCAGAAGAAGCCCCAACCCGAAUGAGAGAGUGAAUACGUGGCUUCACUGAGGUCCCUAUCUUUUGUAUGAGGGCUAUGAUAUCUGGUCGGUUUGUUUUGAGACGUCCACAGGACAAGGAGACCCCCAAUCCAUGACGUCUCUGGUCCGCCUAACUUAGGUCCCCUCCCAGAGGGUCAGGGUUCCAUUCGUAAUGAAUCAGGCGAGGAGAUCUGGGCGUACUGCGCGGGAGAGUCGAUGUGCUGCGCGUGCCCCGGCCGGAUCCGCUGGGGCAACGGCGACACCUGGAAGGAGGCCCCCGCCCAGGAGAGCGCGCGGUGCAGCCCGGAUCCGAGUUCUACCAGCAGCGCGUCUCGCCAGGCUCUGUGCCGCUCGGGGCGCCGCCGCCGGGCGCCCAGCUGGCGGUCUCCUGCGAGGUGCUCGAGGCCGGCAGGGUCAGCGGGCCUUGGGGCCGCGAGCAGUGGCGCGCCACGGAGGGCAUGUGCACUUCCGAUCAGCCUGACGGGCCUGCGGGCCCGCGGGCUCUGAACGAGGCGCAGCUGCGCCGCCUGGCCAGAGCGUGGGUCGACCCGUCGCCGGCAGACAACUACCAGCGCCUGUACGACAAGGACGGCUGGCUGGACGACGCGUUCGUAAACUUUGUGGGCGCGGCCCCGACGGACAGCAUGGAAUUACGCCAAGAUGAACUAUCAUCUCAUCCCCUCCGUCCACCUGUUCGCCACGAAGCCCGUCGUCGUUGUUCACUUUGGCAUGGUGGCGCCGCUGGUCUGGGAUCCAAAGGAGUUCCCUCGGCUGGUGGUGCUCCACGCCGCACCCCUGCCCAACCUGCCUAAGCGGCGCUUCUGCUUCAACACGUACAGGGCCAUGCUGGUCGCGCGGGUGCGCACGGGCAUCCAGCUCGACUCGGACCAGUUCGUCGCGCCAGGCGUGGACGCGCUCUUCCGCCGUGCGGCCGGGGAGAGCUUCCAAGACUACCCGAUGCCGAUUUUGCCCGUGUACUUCCUGACGAACGAGCAGCUGCCCAUGUGGCCUCAGGACGAGGAGAAGCACCGCGAGAGCCCCAUGCGGGUCUGAUGAGCCAUGACGUCCUGGCGUCGUGGACAGGAAUGCAAGAGUAACGAAGCCAGGUGUUUGGGUGGUUUACUCUUCUGGGGGGGGGGCCCUUCUUACCGGGCCCCCGGACCGUCAACACGCGACCCAGGAUAUAAAGCCGCUUCCCAGGAAGAGGUCCGGAUCUCUGGGGAGCCACAUGUUGAAAAACACACGACGUCGGAUGUCUGGGAAAGGAGGGGAUAGUGACAGUGGGGGAGUCACGAGAUCUGUUGCGUGCAGUUGGUUUCGG